AUGACCGGUACCUCGUUGUAUACAUUCCCCGAGAAAAUCAUAAUCGCCGUCGUCUCCAGUCUGGUGUCAAUUUGUUGCAUCUGCGGCAACGUGCUGGUCCUGUUUGCGUUCUGCGUGGAUCGCAGUGUGCGCACUGCCAACAACUACUUCAUCAUCUCCCUAGCUGUAACCGACUUGACCAUCGGACUGAUCUCUCUCAACCUCCUUGCCGUGUACCUGCUUUUGGGGUAUUGGCCACUGGGAAAUUUCAUCUGCGAUUGUUGGCUAGCGGUAGAUUUCACCGCCUGUCUCGUUUCUCAGGUUACCGUCUUUUUAAUCACUCUGGACCGAUUCUUAUCGGUGCGAUUUCCGGUCAAGUAUCGGAACUGGCGAACCGAUCGCAAGCUUAUGGUGAUGCUGGCAAUGAGUUGGUCACUGCCAGCUGCCCUCUGGAUUCCACUGGUGUUUGGUUGGUACAAGUUGACCGGUGAAGUACGUCCACCUGACCGCCUCUGCAACAUCCCCUUCACCCACUACACCACCUUCAACACGAUCCUCACUGUCACCUACUUCUGGAUCCCGCUAUCCAUCAUGAUCUCGCUUUACGUCGGCAUCUACAAGGCCGCUGUGGGCCUCCAGCGCAAGGCCAACGCCUCGCACUGCGGGCUGACGGAGCUCGUCUUCAUGGCUGGCACCACCAUGUCGAAGAUUGGGCUCUCCGUGAAGGUGGCCUACAACGAUAGCGACGCCCACAAUGGCGUCAUCUCAAGGCCGAUUGGUGAUAGGUGCAUUGCUCAAGCUGACUUUAUUGCCACCAGUUUAUUGGAUGGAAUCAAACUUGACAAAUCCUAUGCUUGCGGCAAUGGAUUAAGUAGGCAAGCGCCGUCAAACCAGUCAGCAGCACGCCUUCAAAAUGAGCAUCAGACGGACCUGGUUGACUCCGGCUUGGGGGAUUCAAACAACCUGCGGAGAGCGUCAGACUUUGGGUCGACGCACAAUCGGAGGUCCAGUGAACUGAGCCUGGAACAUCCAGACGUGUCUGAUCAGUAUCGUUGUAUAGCAUCGCCCAACGCACCCUCCAGCAAAAGCUCGUCAAUGUUGUCCGAGUGCAACGAUCCCUGGACGAGGCAAUCUCCUUCCAAAAUCAAAUUCACAUUUGCAGAUUCUGAUACUAAAACACGGUAUCAGCCAAUUAUGACCAAAGGCAAUGAGACACGAAAGACCGACUCAUCGCCCACAACUCAAACAACCACCGCGUUAGUCUGUCGACGUUGGUGUUUGCCGAAAAAAGUAACGAAAAAGGACUCACCUCCCACCUCAGAUACCGUGCAUAGCUCAACAGACUCGGACAAGCCCUCUCCACUGGACACCGCAAACGCGACUUUUCGCAAGUCACUGACCACGCAGAACGGUCUAGCGCUACUCCACGAGCGGCUGUUUCGGUUCCGCAACCAAAGCAACGUGGAGACGCGGAAGAUCGAACAGAAGAAGGAGAAGCGGGCGCGCAAGGCACUGCGGAUGAUUAGUUUCAUUUUGGGGGCCUUUGUGGUCUGCUGGACACCUUACCACGUGGUUAUCAUAAUCAAAGGUUUCUGUGAUGUACCUAGGCUCGGCUACUCCUGUAUUAAUGAGCAUUUGUACAAUUUCGCCUAUUACAUGUGCUACAUGAACUCGCCAAUCAAUCCCUUCUGCUAUGCGAUGUCGAACAUCACAUUCAAGCGAGCUUUCCUGCGUAUUCUCAAGGGCGAUUUUCGGAUCAGGUGA